CUCGUUAUAUUUGUUUGCCUUUCUUCACAUUUGCGAUAUCUUUCUCUCUCUAAAGAGUGCAAAACAACGAACACAAGAAAGCCUUUCGUCUCAAAUCAUCAUACGUUAAGCGCCGAUUCAUCCAAAACCCAACCGUUAAUUAAUUGUUUUUCGGAUCCCUCUUUUUUUUUCUGAAUUAUAUUUUUGCAACGAAACUUUGGUGAUUGAUCCCAACAAAAACCAUGUCUUAUGCUUACCUCUUCAAGUACAUUAUCAUCGGAGAUACCGGUGUAGGAAAGUCAUGCCUGCUUCUGCAGUUCACCGACAAACGAUUUCAGCCAGUUCAUGACUUGACAAUUGGUGUCGAAUUUGGUGCUAGAAUGAUCACAAUCGACAACAAACCGAUGAAGUUGCAGAUUUGGGACACGGCUGGUCAAGAAUCAUUCAGGUCUAUUACGAGGUCUUACUACAGAGGUGCAGCGGGUGCACUUUUAGUUUAUGACAUCACAAGGAGGGAAACGUUUAACCACCUUGCGAGUUGGUUAGAAGAUGCAAGGCAGCACGCAAAUGCCAACAUGACGAUAAUGCUGAUAGGAAACAAGUGCGAUCUGGCUCACAGAAGAGCUGUAAGCAGUGAGGAAGGGGAGCAGUUUGCUAAGGAGAACGGCUUAAUAUUCAUGGAAGCCUCUGCCAAAACUGCUCAAAAUGUCGAGGAGGCAUUUAUAAAGACUGCCUCGACAAUCUACAAGAAGAUCCAGGAUGGAGCUUUUGACGUGUCUAAUGAGUCAUAUGGAAUAAAAGUUGGGUAUGGAGGAAUACAAGGACCAUCAGAAGGAAGAGGUGGCUCUGUUUCUCAAGGAGGUUGCUGCAACUGACUCUCUCUCUUCAUUUCAUUUUAUUUGAUUCUCAUAUUAAUCUGGUUUAUUUGAUACUGCAAAAUGGAAACAUAAAAACAAAAACAUUGCAAUUUCCCCCUUUUUUUUUAUUAUAUAUACAUAUGAUUGUUUAUUCUUUUCUUCUUUGUCACUUUUUUUUUUUUUUGUUUUGAUAUUUAACAUGGUGGUCAAUGAAUGUAGCCAGAAAUUGUAAUGGGUCAAAAAAUAUUGAUUACUUUUUUA